CAUUUCGACAUAUAAAGGCUUCUUUAACUAGUUGAGAAGUCAGUUCAGAUCCUAGGUAUUUGAUUACUAAAUUGAAGUAUAAAAGACGUUAAAGAGUUAAUCACGCAUAAAGGAAAAAGAUGAGAGCCAAAAAAAGAAUGAUGACUCUGCAGUACCUGGCUGUUGUUCUUGCUGUCUUCACAUUAUCUCGGACUGAAAAUGUAAAAGCUGAAAUCCUUAGAAAUGACGACAAAUAUGACCUAAUUCCUUCUGAAACAGGAUAUGGCGGUGGAGGUUAUGGAGGAGGAGGCUAUGGUGGUGGGGGAGGUAAAGGAGGAUAUGGCGGUGGGGGUUACGGUGGAGGAGGUGGAGGAAAAGGAGGUGGAGGAUAUGGCGGUGGGGGUUACGGUGGAGGAGGUGGAGGAAAAGGAGGUGGAGGCUAUGGUGGUGGUGGCUACGGUGGCGGAGGAUAUGGUGGUGGUGGUGGAAAAGGAGGUUAUGGAGGUGGAGGCUAUGGUGGUGGUGGCUACGGCGGCGGAGGAUAUGGCGGUGGUGGUGGAAAAGGAGGCUAUGGUGGUGGUGGCUACGGCGGCGGCGGUGGUGGUGGAAAAGGAGGCUAUGGUGGAGGAGGAUAUGGUGGUGGAGGAUAUGGAGGAGGAGGCUACGGUGGUGGCGGAGGAAAAGGAGGAUAUGGAGGGGGAGGCUACGGCUACGGUGGUGGCGGAGGAAAAGGAGGAUAUGGUGGUGGAGGAUAUGGAGGGGGAGGCUACGGUGGUGGCGGAGGAAAAGGAGGAUAUGGUGGUGGAGGAUAUGGCGGCGGUGGUGGUGGUGGAAAAGGAGGGUAUGGAGGUGGAGGUUAUGGCGGUGGUGGUGGAAAAGGAGGGUAUGGAGGUGGUGGUUAUGGCGGUGGUGGUGGAAUUGGAGGAUAUGGAGGUGGAGGAUAUGGUGGUGGAGGAUAUGGCGGUGGUGGCUAUGGAGGAGGUGGCUACCACUAG